AUGGCUCAGUAUUUGCCAGCAGAAUUACUCCGCAUCAUAUUCACUGAUAUCAACAUCACCCAUGACGAUCUCAAGUCAUUGAGGUUAGUUUCUAAAUCCUGGACAGACCACGCUACCGAUUUGCUAUUCCAUCGGAUUUGUCUUUCUCGGCUCAAGAAGGAUCGCGAUGCAUUUUUCAACAUUGCAGCACGCCCUCACUUGGCGAAGUGCGCUCGAGUGCUUGUAUGGUACGAACUUGGCAACGAUUAUCCCAAUUGGUACCUUCCUGAUCAACCUCCUGACGACGACGACCAUCCGGACUCACUUCAGUCGCUCGACGAAGAUCCUGAUACGCAGCUCUUCUACAUCGAACUUGCCUCACAAAUAACAGAUCUCUUCUGGUUCUCUCUGCAGAUUGCCAUGCAUAAAAGUAAAAGCGGCAGUGAUGCGGUCAACAAGGAAAUGUAUAAGCUCGAGGACUUCAUGGCCCAAUUCUAG